AUGGAUGCACGUCUAACAGUGACCGAGGCAGACACCAGAGCACUAAGGUCAGACACUGAAAUAAUCCGCAACACAAUAAAGGGGUAUGAAGCCAGCCAGGCCCACUUAACAACCUGGGUAAAUGACCUUGACAAUAGGGACCGCAGGCUCAACCUCCGUGUGAGGGGAUGAGAGAAGGGGGCUCAGUGGAGAACAUACCUGAGAUCCUGCGCACAACCUUUAGCCAUGCCCUGGGAGGCUAACAAAUUCAUAGACUGGGCCUGGUCAGGGCCUACCAUGCACCACCUGCACCCGGCGAACAGCCACGUGAUAUUGUCUGCUGUCUAGACAAUUUCGCCCUGAAGCAAGAUAUACUACGCAGCGCACGCCGCAUGGGUACAAUACGCAUCGAUAAUCAGCAAAUAUCCAUAUACCAAGACCUCUCCCGCUACACCCUGCAGGCAAGGAAGGCCCUUAGACCACUCACCACUGCACUCCAAGCGGCAGGUAUCCCAUAUAGAUGGGGUACCCUUUUUCCCUAUGCGCCCGCAGAGGACCGGACCUCCGCGUCAUAUGGACUCCUGCGGACGUCCCUGGGCUCCAGCGCUCCCUAUGGCUUCCGCAAGCCCAGGUGCCGAACUGGCUGGCUCCUCAAUUCCUGCAACAAGCGACAGGCCCACCACCUCCACCACUGGGCAGGGACCAGGGCAGAGACAGGCCCCAACGCAACUGUCCAUGGCACCAAUACCCGGCGAGACCAGAGGAAUAAAUGCUGUAGCAACAACACCAGGGCAUGCUGA